AUUAAAACAAUAUCAAAGAGGAAAGAAGAUGUAGAGAGAGAGAACUAGGGUUUCCAGACCAUGAGUCUCCAUCUUUGCGACAACGUUGUUCCUUUGGAUCUGCAGAUCAAGAUUCUUAGCCUCCUGCCUUCAAAAUCCCUAGCUAGGUUUAUGACCGUAUCUAAAUCAUGGCAAGAAAUCAUCAGCAGCAAGAGUUUCAUCAGAUCCCGAUCCUUGACUCAUCCUUUGCGUUUCCUCCUCGCUUUAUACGAUACAGAUUACGAAACUGAUCACCUAAGUUACAGCUUCUUCUCUUCUUCGUCGUCAUCAUCAUCGAUACCAACCACUUUUCUAUCCAGAGUAACUUUGCCUCUCCAUAAAACCUAUUACCCUACUUAUUACGUUAAUGGUUUGCUGAACAUAGGAGAGAUCAUAUGUAACCCUUGCACCGGAAAGACCGUAUAUUUACCAGAGAAUAUUGUCUGCGGAAGAACAGGCACAGCCGAGCGCUUUUUCGGAUAUGAUCCUGUCAAUAACCAGUACAAAGUAUUGUGUCUCACCCCGUAUACUGAAGGAGACACAAAAACGAAUUACGUUCAGGUAUUCACAUUGGGAGCUAAGCCUAAAACAUGGAGAUUUAUCGAUUGUGACAUUCCUCACAUAACUUGGUCUGACGGUCUGUGCAUUGAUGGCUCUUUGUACUACAUUGCCAGCCUGGACAAAGGAAUGUGUCUGAUGAGAUUCGAUUUGAACUCUGAGAAGUUUGAUGUAUUUGCUAGACUAUCUAAGAAAAUGGAUACUUUGUUUUUUCUUGACGAAGGUUCAAAAACAUUGAUAAAUUACCAUGGCAAAGUAGCCAUGGCCAUUCGACCUUCUUACUCAGCGCCUUCGGUUGAUUUGUUCGUUUUCCAAGCAGGAAAACAGGAUUACAAAGCGAAGUCUUUUGAUAAUAUUCCCCAGCUUCAUUUACCUAUAAAAGGUGUUAUUAAUCAUAUGGGUGACAUUGUUUUUGCACCUCUCCAUUCCAGAAUUGAGGUUAAUGUUAUCCACCACGAUCUCAAGGGAGCUAGUUUUGAGAAGAUGAGGUUUGAUGUUGACGCAAAGAGUGAAAGGGAAUUUAGGUCAAAUUAUUUCAUGGGUUACGUAGAGAGUCUUAUGCUGCUGUAAUUAAGUUUGAGAGAGUUGUUAUUAUUUCCUUCGUUUGCUAUCGGAUGUUGCAAUUACAGUUCAUGUCUCUUGUCUAAACAUGUUAUUCUCUUUUGUAUGCAUACAAAUCUUUCCUAUAUAUAUAUAUAUAUUCAGUUAAACUCGAUAUGUUGUUGCUUAUAACUUUUGCCUUGCACAAUGCACAAGAGAGUAAAAAGCAUGGUCUCCAAUGGCUUGUCCAGGCCACUAAAGCAUAUUUCGACAUCACAUUAUACAAUAAGUUCGUUGAAGACUGAGCAUGUUUAAAAAAAAAAAAAAGACUGAGCAUGUUUGGAGACUUGUGAACAUAUCUACUAAUAAUAGCAAUCCCAAUUAAUUCCAAAGGUUGUGAACUUCAUUUAAGUUGAAAAGUUAUGUGUUUUCAACAAUUAAAAGUUGUGUCUUUUUAUUUUAAAGUUGUAUUUUUUCAAAAUUUUAAAAUAACUGUAUAUAUUGAAAAAAUGUGACCCUUUAUAUUGAAAAGUUGUGACUUUUCAUAUAUAAGUAUUAUUUCAAUAAAAAUAACCUUUAAAUUGAAACUAUGUGACUCUCAAAACAUAAUUUUUACUAAUCAAAUAAAAUGGUGAAGAAAAAAGUACUAUGCAAUUAGUUAGUUACAAUAUAUUUUGAAUUUUAUAGAUUUUUCUUUUAAUUAUAAUUUUGCUCACAGUUUUCUUAUUUUUUAAAUUAUAUUUCUUUUUAAUUUAUAACUAUUUAAAAACUUUACAUGAAUUGAAAUCCAUUUUAUAAAUUUCUUUGAAAAUUUGAUUUAUGCUCAAGAGGUAUUCCCGAGUUAGUUAAGUUUAGAGUAGAUUGGUAAACAAACUGAUGGCUUUAUAGAUUGAAGAGAGUCGGUGAUGAUCGAUAAAUAAUAGUGUAAUGGUGAAUGGACACGUCUCUACAAAAGGUUAGUAUUUUUAUGAUGCUAAAUAUUCAAAAACGUCUUUGUACAAUUCUUUAUAUCAAGUGAUGUGUAUUAGUUAUUGUAAUGGGUUAUGUUGUGUCAUGUUUUCCUGUUGUAUAUAAUAAGUUGUCAUAGACAUAUAAGUAUUUAUUUAAAAUUGAAAAAUUGUAACAAUUCAUCUAGUAUCUUUUCACAAUAACUACUUUUAAAUUGAAAGGAUGUGACUAUUCAAAUAGAUUUUCAAAAUCUAUAAAUAGUCGAUGUCUAUGUAUUUAUCAAAAUAAAAUUUUCACUAAUCUCACUAAUAUAAAAUGGUGAAAAAAAAAUUUUAUGCAGUUAUUUUAUUAUAAAUUUUAGAAGAUAUUUAAAUGAAACGUUAUCAACAAAAAUUAGCGGGAAAAGUUUUACGUAUCUUGAUAGUUUAAUGAGCGAAGCGAGAAAAAACCCAAGAUUAUAAUUACAUGAGCCUCUCCUGCAUGGUCUGUAAACUCAUCCUUUUCAUAAGUCUUCUUUUCUGAAUUUGUAAUGGAUGUCAUCGUUUUGUAUUCGUGAAACAUAUUCUACAAAAAAGCACGGGAUGAUUUUAAACCCUGGCCGACCUUUUAAAGAUACUAGGGGCAGAGCCCCCGCGCAAGCGCGGGGCCGUGAACACUAUUUUAAUUCAUAAGAUAAUCAAUUCUCAAAUCUCUCUUGGUGUCUUUUCACUACUUGAUGAUCUUACUACCGAUUAACAGAUUUUCUGGUUUGAUAUCUCUGUGUAUCACAUGCUUGCCAUGGCAAUAGAUGAGAGCCCUCGCCAACGAUGCAACAUACUAUCAAAGUAAACAUAUAAAGAUCUCAGUUUUUUUUUAAGUAACAAAAGAAUUGAUUAAAACAUAUAACAGCAGAAGGAAAAGGAAUGCACCAACAGUUGCAGCUCGUCUUUCGCUGAAGUACUUGCAUUUCUGAAGCUCCUUGUAAAGCUCGCCUCUAGCAGCAUACUCAAGUAUCAAAUAAACCCUUUUCUGCAACAAAAGCCAACAAAGUGUGUUAUACUAAAAAAAGGUGGAUCAUGUCAACAAAAAGAGCAAAGAAGCGGUUAAGUUUUACCGGAUCAUAGAAGUUACCAUAGAGCCGGAGUAUAUUGGGGUUACGAAGAUGUGACUGAAUCUCAACUUCUCUUCUUAACUGAUGCUCAACUUGAGAUUGUUGAAGCUGAGUCUUGAACAGAACCUUCAGGGAGACAAUGUGGUUGCUCUCUUUCACAGUUGCAUACAAUGUGUGAGAAUUUGAGGAAAACAAACAAUGUAAAGAUCUAAAACAAAUGUUAUGUGUGAAUGGAUACUAACCCGCUUCUCUCGAGCAAGAUAAGCGUGACCAAACUUGCCUUUUCAAAGAGGCUUUCCAAUGUCGAAAUCAUUCAGAUUCCAUCUCUUUUGCGCAACUGCAGAGACAUUUGAAGCCUCCUGAUGAAAACAAAAUCCAACAAAACAUAAUGAGACAAAAAAAAAAACAAUGGAUUCAUAAAUCUAAACACACCUCACCUACAGGAUAAGUAAAUAAAGAAACAAAAAUAUUAAAGCUGGUCUCACGUUAAUAGCCUUACAAAAUUUUAGUCAUGAAGAUUAGAACAGUUAAAAGACUUGCCUUGUGACUCCAAGGCCCACAUUGUGAAGGAAAAUGGUGGCGCCAUUCAUGUUGUUGUGACCGUGGACAACAUCAAUCCCAUAGAUCAUGGGGAUCCCAAGGCGGGUGGAAAGAGCAGCCUUCUGAAUCUCGUUGACCAUGUUCACCCAAGCUUCAGGUGUGGCCUUUGGUGAUGGCACACUUCCUCCACCGCUCAACACACUCCCUACACAUACAUUAAAGAUCAAUUCAGUAAGACAAUAGAUGGAAUACUUUAAAAAAAGUUCCAAAGAUUGUUUUCAUACCAAUGAAGUAGUUCUUCAUGACAUCAGUUGUGGCGCCGCUGCGUUCGAUCUGAACCAUCUGAGAAAUCUUCUCUUGGAGGGAACAAUAAUUCAGACACAUCUCAAGAUUUCUGGUUGUGGGAAUCUUUAGUUAGCUAGUAUACUUAUUACUCGGUAAAGCCUACUUUUUUCCUUCAUAUUGAUGAAUACAUCAAAACAGAACCAGAAAUAAAAUGUAUGUUGAGAAGAACGUGAAACAGAUGACACAAUGUGGCAGAUGCACUUACAUUGUACUUCUGAUAACCUGAAUCACCUAGCCCAAACACUGCAAAGCGAACUCGUUGCAACCAAGAGUUUCCCAAGUUUCUUUGAAGAAGAAACCUCCAAAAUUCCUUCAGUGAUUUAAAAAAAAAAAGACAAGGAACAAACAAUAAGGUACACAAAAAACUGCAUUAUUGGUAGUGAAAAUUGACAACGAACCUUAAAAGAAUCUGGAGAGUCUCCUUGCCCUGUAGUGGAUACAACAAAAAUAAUAGCGUUCUUUGGAGAAAAGAAUAUGGCAACUUUUUGAAUAAGAAUUAAGUUAUAAAAGAAAAUACUUUUAUAUGUUUACUCGAAAUUCAAUCAAUAGAACUGCUCAAAUCUAAGAGUUUAUUACAACAAUCAUCGGUUGUAAUUGAUCAAACAGAGGAAUUGUCACGGUUUCCUUGAUAUUAAAAUCUGAAGCAAACAAUCUUCAGAACAGAGUAAGAAAUCAAAUUGAUUCACGACAACAUCUCACAUACCGAGUCGAAUUCGUCGUUGGAGACGAUAGACGCAGGACAGCCUCGGCGUUCAGCUUCACGGCUAAUACCCUCUGCAGCAUCAAGAGCGUUUCCGGUCUGAGAAGCAUAUAGUGAACAUUUCUUCAAUCACCGGAACAGGAUUGAAAAAUCUGAACGGCCCAAAGAGAGAUAAAGGUAGAAGAAAUUGACCUUUGAGAUGAACAGAGAGUGGGGGAGGGUGAUAGAUAUGGAGUUGGAACAAUGAGAUGAUGAAAAGGGAAGACGUGAAAGAAGCUCGCUUUAGGGUCAAUUACCUGAUGAAAAAUCUAGUAGAUUUAAUAUAAAACUGCUUCCUUUUUCUGGGCUUCAGAAGCUUUUUCACGAAGAAGAAGAAGGGGUCGGGCUCUGCCCUUAACGUUUUCUCUCUGCCUUUCGCUUUGAGAUAAUUGCUUUUUGCAAAAAAUUAAGAGAAACCCGUUGAAUGAUAGGGGAGGCUAAAAGUUGGAGAAGCAUCCACUGUCCCUGGAGUCAAAGAUUUACGGAGAAGGAGAAGUGGAAGAGACAAAGCACGGUAACAAUGAAUCCCUAAAAAAAAUUCGAAGCCCAUUAUGGUUACAGAUCGCAGCUCACCCGACAAAAAGAAGAAAAAAUAAAAAGAACCACAAAGUGCACACGUGGACACCUUAAGGAGCCUUGAAGGUGUAAUAGAAAAAAAAAUUAAAAAGGAAGCGAGGGGGAUUCGAACCCGUACACUCAAGCUUUACUAUAAGCAUGUUAUACCACUGGGCCAAGUAGACUUUAGUUGUUAUAGCCAGGGCGACGUAAGUGUUAUACGAAAAUAAAUUUGGCCCCUUUAAAAAGUGCUGACGUGUCACCUUAUGAGGAGAGAAACUCCCUCAUUAUAUUAUAGAUUAUAUAGUAAAUGAUGAUUCUAUUUUUUUAGGUUAACAAUAUAUAAAAAAAGCAACAUCAUCCUUAAUAUAUAAUAGUUACAUGUCGCUCUCCUGCAUGCUCUGUAAAUCUCUUCCUUUUCAUAAGUCUCCUUCUUCUUAUCUUCUUCUCUAUAUUGGUUUUAGAAACGCUGGCCUACACAGCAGCGGCUUCUCCAAAUAUAUUUCUGGGUUUCUGUUUAUUUAACUAUUGGCGUAUCUUUGGUUUUCAAAUGUGGAAGUUUUAUAGUUAUAUUGAUACACGUGUCUAGCUUACAUACCAAAUGCAUGUUUUACUUAACAUCAAAAGAGCGAGAGAUGCGACGUGAUCAUCUGUGUCUAGGGCUGGGCACGGAGCAAUUACUUACCGAUUUUGAACUACUUGCUACUUGAUUUGGCUUGUCUAAAUAAUUCGGUAUAUAUAUAUAUAUAUAUAUAUAUAUAUUUAUGCUAUUAGGAAACUCCACGGUUUAAUCUAAGAAGUCAGAAUGAAAUGAAUAGUUGUCUUUUAAGGAUCAUGUCUUUUCACCAAAUUUUUUAAUAACUGUUUCGUUCAUCUAUAUAUACAAUUUGACACUUCGUAUUAAAAUCAACAUUCCUUUCAUCAAUCUAUCAAAAAAACUGGGACAAAAAAGGUUUUGAACGAGUUAAGCAAAAUGGAUAUAGAUCUUGGUAAAGCAAAAAUACAAUUGAAACAAAUACAAUUUUAUAAAAAGUAAGAAGCGGUAAAUCUUUCAGUUUUUAAUAAUAUCAAAGUAGACAAAUGAUUGUUUUUUUAGUUAAAAUCAUUUGUUAAAAUAUGCACCUAUUUAACGUGUCUUUUCAUUUGUUAAAAUAUGCACCUAUUUAAUAAUAACAAAGUAGACAAAUGAUUUUUUUUAGUUAAAAUCAUUUGUUAAAAAAAAUUAAGAAAAUUGUGAAAAAUCUUUUUUUUUUCAUUUAUAAUCAAAAGGUUGUGUAUUUUCAGAUUUUUUUUAAAGAAUCUAAAUGGGUGUGUCUUUUGUUUUUUUUUCACAUCACUUUAACUAUUGAUAUUUAUAUCAUAAAUAAUAAUAUUUUAAUAAAGGUACAGCGUGAAUUAUGUUAUUUCUCUUUAUUUAUAAAUUAUAAUUAGUAUACAAUUAAUAACUAACAAAAUGUGAACAGGUGUAGUAAAAUAAAGGGAAAAGGUGCGACUACACCUUCAGAAAAUGAGAUUAGCAAAAAAUAAUGGAUACCAUUGAACCAUCGCUUCAUCUUUCUAGAUAACCUGAUAAUUAUAAAUAAUGAGUUCCUAUACUAUCUAUACCAGUUGUUUUAAGAAAGUUGUGCACCGGAAGAGUCUACAAUUUAUUCAGGUUUUUCAACAAUUUAAUGACCCAUUUACAUUCUUUCAGUGUUGACUGGUUAAAUUUGAAUAUUAUUUUGAAUGGCCUAAAAUAUGUAAAAUUAAUUAAAUAAAAAAAUUGGUUACAAGUGCUAAAUUAAUUUAGUUUAUACUAAGACUAUAUGCAUAAAGCCUUAAAAGUUUUGUGUUUAAAAUUUUAAUUUAAAUAUUUAUAGGAUAAUCGAUAAUAAGAAUUAAUAACCAGAGUGAGUAACUCAGUUUUUAUCAUUGAAAAUCGAGAAAUACAAUGCUAAUAUGACAAACACUAUAACAUCUUCUUAUUGUGUAAGUAUUGACGAGCCUUUAUUUGGUUAUGGUGCUGGUAUUGUUUUUAUAAUCUGCAAGAUAUACAACACAUCCGCAACAAAACCACUAUUAAGGUCCUUUUCAUUUAAAGUGAUUAAUUUUAUUGAUGAAGAUGAAUCCUUAGAUAAAGAUGAUUUUAGACAUUCUUUGUGCGAUGAGGGAAUUGAAGUUGAAGCAGUGACUCAGUGAGUACAUUUUUGAAAGAUCUUAUUCAUAUUACUUCACAGACUAUUCAGUCUACAGAAUAUUCUUCUUCAAAGAUCAUUACACUAUCAUUAACAUUAGAAGUUUAUAAUGAAACCUAUAGUCAUAAUUGGGAGGAACAAAUCUGCAACCAAAACCAGCUUCUUUGGAUGCAAAUUUAAUUCCUUGACAAAGAUUGCAUGUAUAGAAGAAAAUGAGAUGUGUAAUAUUCCAAGAGUAAUAUGUGAACAAACAAGUUUUAUUAAAGUUACCAUGUAAACAUGUUUUCAAUCAUGCAUGUCUUGCUUCUUGGUUGAAGACCAAUCAUGAAUGUCCUAUUUAUCGUUAUAAGUUACCUUACUAAUGCAGUAAACUAAUAUAAUAAAAUUUUCAUUUAUUUCAUUUUUCUAAUCUAAUGGCUUUCUAUUUGACAAUUCAAACUUUCAUAAAUAAACUAUAAAUAUCAAAUAAAUAUUUUUUGCGUUUGACAUUUGUAAUGUAGUAAGACUAACACUUUUAUCGCAUUAUACUCUCUCUGUUUCAUAUUAAGUGUUAUUUUGACCUUCUGCACACAGAUUAAGGAAACAAUUAAUUUGUAUAUUCUCUGUAUAAAAACACAAUUACCUAUACACCUAACUAUAUUUAAACUAAAAGAAAAAUAAAUUACUGCAUAAAAUUAAUAAAUUUUACAUUAAAAAUCAAAAACGACACUUAUUUAGUAACGAAAAAAUUUCUCUCUACAAUGACGCUUAAUAUGAAAUAGAGAGAGUAACAUCUAAAAAUAUAAUUAGACUACUAUAUCAAGGAAACAUAUAGCAUUUUCUAUCUAUAAAAUGUAACAUAACUUUUUAAUGAAUUGAGCAGCCGCGCGGUAUCGCGCGGGUAUAAUUCCUAGUAUACAAAAUAAAAAACCUUAAUUAAAAGCGAAACAGAAACUUUACUAAAUUUAUAAUAUUAAUAAUAAAAAACCUUAAACUGCGUACAUUAGUUUAUAGAUAGAGUAAAUUGGUGUAAUAUAACUAACUAUGAGGAAGAAAGCACCAAUUCCACACGGAUUCUCUUGCCGAGGGAUUCUAGUGAAUUGACCAUGACUUUCUCUCUCUAACUAAUUAUUUGCUCUGUUUGGUGGCUGGGGUCCUCUCUUCCGCCUGUCACCAUCCCCUUUCUCUAUAUUUCACUUUCCACCUCCUUCCCUCACUAUCUCUUUUAUCCACUCUGAUAUACUUGCUUCUCUGGAUCUCCACUAGGUCUCUUCUGUUUCGCCAGCGGUUUUAAACGAGUAACCGAGUGUCGUUAGUGUCUUCGUCGUCUCUAGAGGAGCGGUGAAUAGCUGGUUUCGUUUGGUUAGCUGAAGGGUCCCCUCCCCUAGGGUUGUUUCUUUCGUUGUACUCUGCCUCUUGGACGCUUUCUUAGCAUACCUUCUACGAGAUGUAGCUGGAAUAGAGAGUAUAAACAGUUGCCUACAUUUCAAGAGACUACUUGUGUUUCAAUGAAUGCUUUUGUUUAUGACCUUUUGGAUCUAUAAGUACUUCCUCCUUGAGCUUAACCAUGUGUUUAAGAUUUUUUUAUCUUUUUGUGAGGUUUUCUGAUAACUUUUUUGUUAAGUUCAAAUGAAAGUGGGAAGCCCAUUAACAACUUUAAUGCGACGUGCUGGUUCUAAUAAAAAAAUACCAAGAGAAAAAAAAUUGUAGUGAGAGAACUAGGGUUUCCGACCAUGAGAAGAAGUCUCCGUCUUUGCAACAAGAGGAAAACAAAUGUUGUCCCCUUGGAUCUACAGAUCGAGAUUCUUAACCGCUUACCUGCAAAAUCCAUAGUUAGGUUUAUGGUCGUAUCCAACUCAUGGCAAGAAAUCAUCCGCAGCCAUACUUUCAUCAGAUCAUUUCCCUUUCGAUCAUUGACUCAGUCUCAGCCUUUGCGUUUCCUCCUCGCUUUGCACGAUAAAGGUGACCAAACGGGACGCCUAAGUUGCAGCUUCUUCUCUUCUUCUUCUUCUUCUUCGCUAUCGUCUUCAUCAACAUCAAUAUCAACCACUUUUCUAUCCAAAAUAACAUUUCCUCUCCGUUGUCGAGCCUCGUACCGUAGUUAUUACGUUAAUGGUCUGAUGAACAUGGGUGAGAUCAUAUGUAACCCUUGCACUGGAAAGACCAUAUCCUUACCAAGGGAUAAAAGACCAGCCUUCUCCACACGCUUUUUCGGAUAUGAUCCUGUCAAUAAUCAGUACAAAGUCUUGUGCAUCACCCCGCAUCGACUCUCAACACAGCAUGACUUUCAGAUUUUUUUUUUAAAAAUUGAAUGUUAAAUUAAUUAAACAAAAAUACAAGAUUUUACAGACGAUAUUUUUUCUGUUACAUUUCUCAGGUAUAUUUUUCCAUAAUUUAUGGUCUUGUAGAAAAUCAAAUUUGUAACCUUUCAGGUAUUCACAUUGGGAGCAAAACCAAAAUCAUGGAGAUUUAUCGAUUGUGACAUUCCUCACCGUACCUGGUCUAACGGUCUGUGUAUAGAUGGUUCUGUGUACUACAUUGCGUACACGGGCGCAGUAACUAUGGAAACAGGAUUACAAAGAGAAGUCUUUCGAUAAUCUUCCCCAGCUUCAUUUGCGUGUGAAAAGUGUUAUUAAUCGAGCGGGUGAUGACAUUAUAUUUGCUCCUCACCAUUCCAGAAGUGUGGCUACUGUUAUCCACCACGAUCUCAAGGGAGCUAGUUUUAAGAUGAUGAAGUUUGAAGUUGACGUUAAGGGAGAUUGGUUUACUGAAUCAAAUUGUUUCGUGGAUUACGUAGAGAGUCUUAUGCUGCUGUAAGCUAGAGAGAGUUGUUAUUAUUUCCUUUGUUUGAUGUGGGAUGUUCCCAGUACAGUUCAUGGCUCUUGUCUCAACAUGUUUGUUCUCUCCUGGUCGCAUUCACUCUUUCCUCUUUUCAAAUUUCUAUUUAUUUUUGUUGUUUUUUGCAUUGUACAAUGCACAGUAAAUAUGUCUGGGGAUGGGCGCCACGUUGAUCAAAUGACAACAAAGACUUCACGUUGAAACUUCCCUUUUUUCUGAACACUAAAGCUGGCACUAGUUCGUUUAUUAACAGAUUUGAAAUAAAGUUUUGGAUGUUGACUUUCUUCUAAACAUUUGAAUGAUUUUGUUGGCACUGGUUCGUUUGUUGCUGGACGGUAGCGGGAGGUUAUCUUUCUCCUUAGCAAGACAUUGUUAUUUUCUAAUAAAUACUACCGCGCUUCGUGCGGAUUGUAAGGGUUUCGUGAAGUAUUUUGAGUCACAUUCAUUUUGUGAGGAAUUUUUAUUAACAUAUCAUUUUUAUUAUAAGAAACUAAAAACAAACCAUUUUCUAUCAAAUUUAAUAAGAAAUAAUAAUAUAUUUUGCGAAUUUGAGCUGCAAAUGGGACAUUACGAAUUUCCAACAAUUUUUAAUGGUGGAAAAUGGAAGUUACAGAUUUCCAACCAUUUUUAUGGUUCUCCAUAUUUUAGAAGAUUACUCAAAGUAUAAAAAUGGGCUUUAAUACAUUUUUUCAGAACGUGUUUUAUAAAUUGUAUCUAGUAAUAUAUCAUUGAUAUUAUUUUUAUAAAAAUGUUUCUUCAAUCCAUCAAAUAAUUUUGAAACAUGUAAGUUUACAUGUAUUCAAAAUUUAAAUAUGUAUUUUAAUUAGGGAUGUCGAAAUAGGUUACCUCGCUCAAUUCAUCUCAGCUCAUAGUAAACUCGGAUUGUUCAUAGUAUGUAUUUUUAAUACUCAAGUAUUUUUAAAAUACUCAAGUAUUUUGAAACAUAGUAUGUAUUUUUAAUACUCAAGUAUUUUUAAUAGAGACUCAGCAGGGCCGCAUCUCAGGAGCUGUAUCUGUAUUAAACUCCAACCUUGGAGUGUAGAGUCCUUUUGAGAAAAGCAAGUUUAGUUUGGUCAAAAAAAUAAUAAUCAUACGGGUUGCAUUAUUUUUGCACCUUGCUAUUCUAGCAGUGAGGUUUAUGUUAUUUACCACGAUCCCAAGGGAGCUAGUUAUAAGAAGAUGGAGAUUGAAGUUGACUCAAAGCAUGAGCCUCGAGUUCGAGCUUUUUUCAUAACAAAUGGGUUUAGUGUAUCAAAUUGUUUCAUGGGUUACGUAGAGAGUCUCAUGCUGAUUUAAGCUAGGUAGAGUCAGAGCCGGUCCUAGGAAGUGGUGGGCUAGAAGCAAAAAAAAUUUUUUGGGCCUAUUAGUUAUAAAUAAAAAAAAGAAAUGCUAUAGUUGUAUUGGUUACAAUUCGAACCCAUCACCUUUGAUAGUUUAUAGCUGUGCAUUAACCAACUUAGCUAAAGAAACUUUUGAAAAAAUACGGCCGAUUGUUUUCUUAUUAUUUGGCGGCCGGAAGCAUGGGCUUGGCCCGCUUCUACUCAGGGCCGGCUCUGGGUAGAGUUAUUAUUUCCUUCGGUUAUUGUGAGAUGUUGCCAUUAUAGUUUAUGUCUUUUGUCUCAACAAGUGAUAUCUCUUUUGGUUGCAUCCAAUCUUAAGCUAUAUAUAUAUCAGAUAACUGCAUGCAUUUGAUACCAUUUUGGAUGGAGCAGUGCCUAUCUAAUGUUUUGGAUUCUGUAAGCAAAUUUAUAACAUCAUGUAUUUUAUGUUUUUAUCUAAUAUUAUAGGUAUAUAUAAGUUACAUUAAUUUUAUAAACUAAUUUAAAUUCAUUAAUAAUUAGUGAGGGUGAGAAUCAUGAAUGCGUUGUUCAUCAAUGGAGGAAGAAGAAGUGUGUGGAGAGAAAUGAAGAGGAAAUUUGGUUCCCUCACUGCUUCUUCUUCUUCUUCUUCUUCUUCAUCUGAUACUUGCACCUUGUGGUAUCAAGAAGAAGAAGAUGAAGCUUCAUCGUUACUACAAA